UUGAGGCAACAGUUUAAUACAAAACGUUAACAAGUUCACAUCGAACACUAUCCGAAAACAUCUUUUCAUAUUCUCUGAACAAGAUCGCUGAUAUUUGAGCAAUAUACAUAGAUUUGAAAGAUCAAUUUUGAAAAAUACUCAAUUUGGAAAAAAAAACUAUAACAAUUUUUAUAUCAUCUUUAAAAAAAUUUUAAAUACAAAAAAUAAUAACAAUUUAAAUCAAAAUGACUGGAUACACAAAUGGAAACAGCGUUAUAAGUGCAAAGAAAGCAACUACCAAUGGCGCCACAGGAAAUGGCAAUUCCAGCGGAACAUACACUGCAACUGAAAAUGCAUUACAAGAAGGCCAACAACAACCACAACAACUUUCACCCGAUGAACAAAUUCAGCUUGUUUUAAACGAAGAAAACUACUCUUAUGAAAUUAUUAAAGAAAUUGCCGAUUACCUCACAGCUCGUACUCAAAUUCGUCCAAAGAUUGGAAUAAUUUGUGGUUCAGGUCUGAACUCUUUGGCUGAUCACCUUGUGAACACUGAUUCAUUCGACUACGAGGAUAUUCCUAAUUUCCCAGUUUCAACAGUUGAAGGACAUGUUGGUCGUCUGGUCUUUGGAUACUUGGAAGGCAUGCCAGUUAUGUGCAUGCAAGGACGUUUCCAUUACUACGAAGGAUACCCAUUGGCCAAAUGCUCAAUGCCAGUUCGUGUGAUGAAACUCGUCGGUGUCACUGUUUUGAUUGCCACAAACGCUGCUGGAGGACUUAAUCCAAAAUUCAAAGUCGGUGAUCUUAUGAUUGUGCGAGAUCACAUCAAUAUGAUGGGCUUUGCUGGAAACAGCCCCCUUCAAGGACCAAAUGAUCCACGUUUCGGACCUCGAUUCCCACCCAUGACCAAUGCCUAUGAUUCGAAGAUGGUUCGCAAAGCUCGCAAAAUUGUCAAAGAAAUGGGCGUUGAAAAUGAUGUGCACGAAGGUGUUUACACAUGCUUGGGAGGACCGAACUAUGAAUCGGUUGCUGAAUUGAAAAUGCUGCGUACCAUGGGAGUUGAUGCUGUUGGCAUGUCAACAGUUCAUGAAGUCAUCACUGCUCGUCAUUGUGAUAUGACUGUGUUUGCAUUCAGUUUGAUCACCAACAAAUGUGCUACCGACUAUAAUAGCAGUGAGGAUGAAGCUAACCAUGAAGAAGUCGUUAGUGUUGGAAGGAUGCGUCAGGAUACAUGUGGAGAAGUUGUUUGUCGCAUGGUUAGAGCUAUCGGAGAAGAUCUUAAUUAAAGAAUACAAAAAUUGGAGAUUUUAAAAGAAAUAAUUGUUAUGUGUAUGUCGUAUAGAAAAACUAAUUGUCAAAACUUUGUUUGUUUUAAGUUUUUUUUAGUCUUCUAGUGCCUUAGAAUAGAAAUUUUAUGCAAUCUUUUAGAAGAUUUUGUCUAAUCUCAAUUUCAUCAUAUAUAUAAUUUUAUUUAUUUAACAAAAAAAGAACAAAAAUAUGUAUACAAUACUAGUGUAGUGUGUAAAAGAAAGUAUUGCCUUCGGGCCUACUUAUGUGAAGACACUGUUAUUUGUGUAUAGUUUUAAAUUAUUUUUUUAUCAAAUAAAGAUGCGCAUCAUUGGUAAAAUUAAA